UACAGCAUCAGCAGGCAGCGAACCUCCAUCCUCCUCAUUAUCCCUCUCUCUUUCUCUCUUUUUUCUCCUCCUUUGCCUAUCCUCCUCUCACCACCACCCUUGCUCUCUCUUUUCUCUUCCUUCUCCUCCUCCUCGGAUAGACACACAGGCCUUCUCGGGCACUCUGCAGCAGAGGACACACACGCAUGCCAGCAGGAAUAGCAUCAGCAGCAGCAGCAACAGCAGCAGCAGCAGCAGGCGGACUGCGUUUCUCUCCACCUCUCACUACCUCACAUCUUCUACCUCACCACUUCCCUCUUUCCUUUCCUCCAAUAUUUUCUCAUCCUCUCAUUCCUUUUCUUCUGUCCUAAAACCUGUCUUUCUCCUCCCUCUCCACUCUCAUCUCCAUCUCCUCUUCACGCCUAUUCUGCUUCCGGCUGGCUGGUUUUGCAGGAUGACUUGUUCCAGGCCACUUCGCUAGGCCCCAGCAGCAUGGGCGCAGCCUGGGCAGGGAGAGAGAGCACGGAUCGGACCCUUCCCCUCAGGACGGGCGCGCUGGCGGGUCACCCUUCCUCAGCUUCAGAUGGGCGAGGACGCUGAGAGCCCCAAAAUCAACCACACCUUCCUGCGAGACUACGUCACAGAAGCUGAUGUCAUCUCUACAGUGGAGUUCAACCAGACAGGGGACCUUCUGGCCACUGGGGAUAAAGGUGGCCGAGUGGUCAUCUUUCAGAGAGAGACAGAGUCUAAAGGGGAGUCAGAGGAGGUGGGGGAGACAGGGGACUCUGGGGAGUACAAUGUCUACAGCACAUUCCAGAGCCAUGAGCCAGACUUUGACUACCUGAAGAGUCUGGAGAUUGAAGAGAAAAUCAACAAGAUAAGAUGGCUGCCACAGCAGAAUGCAGCACAUUUCCUCCUCUCCACCAAUGAUAAGACCAUUAAACUGUGGAAGGUGAGUGAGCGAGACAAGAGACCAGAGGGAUACAAUCUGAAAGAUGAGGAGGGACGACUCAAGGACAUCUCCACCAUCACCUCUCUGCAGGUGCCGGUGCUGAAACCCACAGAUCUGAUGGUAGAGGUUCGUCCCAGACGUGUGUUCUCAAAUGGACAUACCUACCAUGUUAACUCCAUCUCAGUCAACAGUGACGGGGAGACCUACCUGUCUGCUGAUGACCUCCGCAUCAAUAUGUGGCACCUGGGCAUCACGGACCGCAGUUUCAAUAUUGUUGACAUCAAACCAGCCAACAUGGAGGAUCUGACAGAGGUGAUAACAGCAGCAGAGUUCCACCCCCACCACUGCCACCUGUUUGUGUACAGCAGCAGCAAGGGAACCCUGCGCCUAUGUGACAUGAGAUCUUCCGCUCUCUGUGACAGACACACCAAACUGUUUGAGGAACCUGAGGAUCCAGGGAGCCGUUCCUUCUUCUCGGAGAUCAUUUCUUCUGUGUCGGAUGUCAAGUUCAGCCACAGUGGACGUUACUUGCUGACCAGAGACUACCUCACCGCCAAGGUGUGGGACCUGAACAUGGAUAAGGGGCCUGUUGAGACAUACCAGGUUCAUGAAUACCUGAGGAGCAAGCUGUGUUCCCUCUAUGAAAACGACUGCAUCUUUGACAAGUUUGAGUGUGUUUGGAACAGCUCAGAUAGCGUGAUCAUGACAGGGGCAUACAACAGCUUCUUCCGGAUGUUUGACAGGGAGACAGGGAGAGGCGUAACCCUGGAAGCUUGGAGGGAAAGUAGCAAGCCUCGGGCAGUGUUGCGGACCCGACGUGUAUAUAGUGGCGGUAAGCGGCGCCGCGGAGAUGUCGGCGUUGAUAGCCUGGACUUUACCAAGAAAAUCCUGCACAUGGCUUGGCACCCAUCUGAGAACAUCAUUGCCAUAGCAGCCACCAAUAACCUGUACAUCUUCCAGGAUCGUGUCAACCCGGAGACGCAGUUACAGUGACAGAGACACAAAUGGGAUUAUUGACAAUUACAGACACAAAGAAGAGCAAACAGUGACCCAAAUAUAUUUGGAUGUCUUACAGACGACAUGGGGAGUGGACAGCCGCUAUAAGAUGAUAAGUUAAAAGAAAGCUGUUUCACAACAUCCUGAGAUGCAACAUCUGUUUGUUUUGAAAGGUCUGAAAAAGUAGAUUAUUACAAGACUGUUAAUGUAUUUGUCUACUAUGAGAUAAACAUCCAGUAAACAUCAGGACAUGUUAUUGGUUCCACUUCUCCCAUUUUUAGAUCUGCUCCACCGUAGGGGCAAUAAGAGAGGUGCGGGGACAUCUCUCCAUCUGUAAUGACUCAAUGCUGAUUAUCACACAAUGUUGAACUCCUCACUGAUGUGCUCUGGUAUCAUUGGAUACCAAAUUAAAAAUAGGAGAAUGGUAGUAGCAGAGAGGGAUUGGGAUGACGGAUUCACAAUUGUUUUGCCAGACAGAUCUUAUGGAGCGAUAUUAUUAUACAGCUCUUCACAACAGCUCUUCACAACAACAUCCCAAACCCCUUUUUUCUCUCUAUCGGGUGAAUCUCUCCUUUAGAGCAGUGCUCUUGGAGAUAUAAUUAAUAAAUUCCCCAUCAUUUUUGCCAUAUUCACUUUGCAAUAAUAGCACUAAAAAAACACAGUGCAGCAGUAUUCCUGCUUUAAGAUAUCGGCUCUUCUUCUACAGGUAUACUGUACACUCUUUUUACUCUUUCGCUGUAAAUAUUCAAUGUUUUUUUUUUAAGGUGGAACAAUUUUGGAUCCAGACAGCUAAAGGAUGCUUUUUUGUCUAGUUAGUACACUGCAGAUAACAAGUGAUCUAAUGUAUAGAAAGAUUGCAGAGUUGCACUAUUUCUGUUAAAGACUCGAUGAAGGGGCUUGUUCUUGUAGCAGUUCAUAGAAAGGUAUUGCUGGCUGUGGCCAGGGAGGGUUGAUUUGUGCGCAAACCAACACUCACAGUUUUGUUGUGUAUGUAAAGCCCAUGUUAGUUUUGAUUAACGUCCCUUUCUUGCCUACAUACCUACGCGUUAAAUUACAGAAAAUGAGAGCGACAGCGUGUUGGCUCUAUUACAUGCUCAAAUUGAGUCUGAUAUGUGAUUCCAUUUAAUAUAGACGAUUGUUUAAUUUAUGAAGAGUUUAUUUAAAAUGGGUGAUAGCAGAUUUGGAAGCCGUCUAUUAGAAUCAAAGAAAGGAUGGUUUGUUAAAGAAGAGGCCCUGAUUUAAGUAAUUGACAUUUUGAUGAGGGAGUUUGUGUCCACUGUAUUUGAAGGUCAAAGGUUAUCAUCAGUGCAAAAGUUAUUUACAUUGCUAACAUUUUUAAGCAUUCAAAACAUGUCUUGUGAAAUGAUCAUGUCACAGAUUGAUAAUGUUGUUAUACCGUAUACCUCACAGUGCCACAUGCAACCCUGAAGUGGAAAACCUAGGAUGUAAAGCAUUAAGGUGUUGUCUGUGUGGGACUACAUUAUGUGACUUGGUCAAAAUGUGAUUGUUUACAGUGAGGUGCAUUGUUUUCAAGUGGCCUUUACCCAGGUUGAGUUAGCAAAUCAGUGCAGAGGUGAAGGUUGCACUUUUCAAGUACUGAUGGAUAAACAUCAGUUUCACUGUGUUAAUCUUAGUCCCAGAGAAAAGAAGGAAAUUGUUAAUAUGUAUGUUUUACUUGUUUGCUAUCUCCUCACUAUUCCCCUCCUUUUGUUUCAAAAUCACAGAUAUUUAUGUUCUGGCCUUUUGGCCAGCUACUAUGUUUUGGUCUUCACUGUCCUACAGUGUAUAACACAGACACUGUCUUGCACUGAUUGGUUUAACAGUAUAAUACACAACAAAGUCCACAAUGACACAGGCCACCUGCGGAACUAUAUUAGGUCCAACUUUCAGUCCUCUAAUGGUGAGCAGUAGUUUAGAGGUAGUCACCUGUAAUCGCAUCAGAACCAUCAUCACCACGUGCAGUCCGUGAAAGGGUUUGUGUUCAGGAGCACAGCAGCCGCAUGUUGCCAUUAUUCAAUGCUACUAUCGUGUAUAUCUAUCAUAAUUUAAAAAGUCUAACAAUAAAAAAACAUAACUCAAAAGAGAUGAAUGAAAGGAAUGUGCAUUAAUAAAAUAAUAUGAAAUCUGACAAAGGAAUGUAUUGGAUCAUUUUAUGUCUUUGUGUAUAUACUGUAUUCAUUGGAAAUUUAUUUUUUUCAUCAAUGAAAUACUUUCAGACUUUGAAUCUGAAAAAAGCAUCCAUGUGGAAGUUUUGUUUGAAAGACAAGCACUUAUUACUCAUUGCACACUCCCAUAAGCUCCAUUACUGAAUAAAGA